AUGUUGGUGCCGGAGACGAUCAAGUCAACUCAGUGCUCCAUUUUGGAAUUUGAAGACGAAGAUGAAGAAGCAGAUCUGGAGAGCCUCUUCAAUUACGUCACCUCUCAGAUAUUGAAAUCCCUCACGGAGACUCAAUACCGUCAAUCUAUCGAGCUCGGCAAGCUUCUAGAUUCACCAGCAGAGCGUUAUAUUUACAUAAACAAUCCUAUCAAGCAUAAACGCAUUCCAUUUCUGACAAUAAAGCAAGAUUUCUUCACAUAUCUACCAUCGGAACUCACCAUCAACAUCCUCUCACGGCUCCCUCUCCGAAGCAAAUCAAUCAGCAAAUGCGUCUGCAAACCAUGGCUCAAUCUGAUUGAGUCCGCUGAUUUCGUCAAAUCCGAAAUCAAAACCCCACCAACCCUAGUUAUGUUGGUGCCGGAGACAGGCAAGUCAACUAUGUGCACCAUUUUGGAAUUUGAAGACGAAGAUGAAGAAGCAGAUCUGGAGAGCUAUGCUCCAGUUCACCUCACAGAUAUUGAAAUCCCUCACGGAGACUCAAUACCGCAAAUGGAUCGUGCUCGGCAAGCUAAUGGAUUGCUUUUUCUAGACUCACCAGAUGUUCUUUAUGUUUACAUAAGCAAUCCUCUAACUCGUCAGUAUAUCAAGCUCUGCCUCCGUGAUGAAUACAAAUCGGACUCGGACUACGUGAUGAGUUUUGGAUUUUGUAUGAGCAAAAUUAGUGGCCAAUAUGGGGUCAUCUGUAUCAAUGGGUGCGUUUCCGACUCUCAUCAUGUAUACACCCUCGGAACAGGAACAUGGAGGCGUGUUGAAGCUGGCCCCGCUUCUGGUUGUCGAUUCAAUUACAUAGAUCAUUACACUGUAUGCAAUGGCAACCCCCAUUGGGCAGUAUGUGAUUCCGCUCAAACCUUGUGGAUUUCUGUUUUUGAUCUUGAAACAGAAUGUUUUAGCAUCUUCCCUGCCCCCGCAUUAGAAGAACAUGUUGUUGAUGAUAAACUUCCUUCGGAUAUCAAGUUGGAUGUUUUGAGGGACUGCCUAUCUUUGAUUUACCUAAUAAACGAAAAGGUCAUCGUCAUCUGGAUGAUGAAGGAAUACCAAGCCAAGGAAUCUUGGACCAUGGAGUACCAGAUUGAUGCAUCUAUAAUGGAUUGGUUGUCUUCAAAUUUAAAUGUCUCUUUGACUUGGAGUGUGGAUGAAAACGUAGGACAUGCCAAAAAUCAAUAUUUUCUGAAUGUUCAUUACGUCCAUGGACGAACUGGUCCGCCUUAUCCAACUGCCAACCAGCCGUCGACACUUGCAUUCUCCUACGGAGUGGACGAGUAA